ACGUGUAGUCCGGCGGCGGAAGACUACCGCAGGUCCUUGCCGGGCUGUCUUGUCCCCUCACACACACCCCCACCGACCAGGAGAAACUGACGCCGCAGUGAUCUUCCCGAGAUUGCGAGUCCGUCACUAAACGGCGGACGGGAAGAAACCCAACGGGAAAUCAUUCAAAACAUGAUGCCCGGACUGGUGUGGAGAAAGCAUUAUGUAAACCUCAGUUCCUCAGCCCGGCUCUUUCCAGGGGAGCCUCCCCCCCCCGCCCCCUUCCUCCAGCCACCCAAGACUUGCACUUGGUGCACACACCAGAAGAAGACGGGAAAACUCCUCAGCGAAGGGCGGGGGGAAUUAUGAGGAGGCCACCGCCCCCUGGCAGGCGUUGCCAUAGCUACCGGCCGAGGAAGGCAGCCCCCAGCGCGAAAGGCCUAAGAGAGCGACUCGAGGCAAAGGACCGCCCAGAUGAAAUAAGAAAAUAUUUUGCUCAGUUUGGCUCUGUGAAGAGAUGUACGCUGCCAUUUAAUAAAGAAACAGGAUUCCACAAAAGUUUUUGCUGGGUUGGAUUUUCUACUGAAGAAGGCUUCAAGAAUGCUUUGCAGAAAAACACUCACAUCCUGGAAGGAGUUAAGCUUGACGUUCAGCACCAGAAAAAAAGUGUUUUUCCAGGCCAAUAUUCAGGCAGAAGAAUUGCUGACACUAAUUAAAGGAAAGAGACUUUAUUUCACUGCCAUGUAAAGAAACUAAAAUAAACUUAUGGAUAUGUAUUCAUCUCA